AUGGCCAGAUUUAUGGAAGCUCCUGGCAAGUCGUCGAUGAUCUUGUCUGCUGACAUGUUACGUCGGAUCGAUAGAAGCAAUUACACGUUUGAAGACUGUCUUGAGUUAGCUAUUACAUUCUAUAGGGGAUUCGAAAAUGAUCGACCCCUCAAUCAGGGAAUCCCCCAGGAUUAUUUGUUUACAAGCCUAGAAAGUCGUAUUAUGUCUAUCUUUUCCCCUCGGGACAGGCUUGACAAAAUUGUCCAGUUGGCCCAAAACUAUCGGAGGAAGAUGCAUGGGGCAGCUUGGGCCUUUUACUCGCGUAUUUGUGACCCGAACAUGCGUGCUUAUCUUUUCUACGAUGAUAACAAGGUUGUUGGUUGCUCAAUAUGGCGCUUAUCCCGUUUUGAUGCAGCUAAGCUCACCUGGUGGCAGUGGCUGCAGACAUGGACUCUGAAACUGUAUGGUAUGUUCCGUUUGUGGUUGACUUUCCCAUUGGGGACUUAUGCGUUCCUUAGUCCGGGGAAGUUCCGUUAUUACGACCACAUUCGAGAUGUUCACGGGUUUCAUGACAAGCCCGAGCAGUACACGGCCUUGGCACAUAAAUCUUAUGACGAGUUGAGAUCAGCUUUGUACCCUAAUAAUGGUGUCACCUACUGUGAAGUGUUCUGCACUCUUGUUCAGAGAAAGGGGUACGGCCAGAAGUUCUUCCCGCAGGUGCUUGCUGAUCUGCAAUGUGUCCAACCGGUUUUCAAGGACGGUGACUGCGAGUCUACGGGUCCGGCUAAGCUUGGUUUGACCGCCACAGCGGCUGGUGUUGGGCUCUAUAAGCGUUGUGGUUUCGUGGCUGAGAAGCCUGUUCAUCAAGAAGUUGAAGGUGAGAUGGAAACUGGCACGCUCAUGUUCAAGGUGUUGGACUAG